GUUUUGAGGGGGAAAAUAAAAGCGAAAAGUUUUGUUUCUUGAGCUGACGAAAACAAACAAAUAUUUUAUUAAUUUCCGAGUUCUCAUUAUUACUUUGUGAUCAUUAACUUAUAGAAUAGGUUCUUGCUUUUGGCGAAACCUUUUGCUUGUUAAAACUUCGUUCAAAAAAGAAAUUAAACUGACCAAAACUUGAGCAAGAAGAAAAAUGGUUUUCGAUACGAAAUAUUUUAUACAAAAAAUUCUACAAUAUCCAGAGAUUUAUGAUCCAAACAAUGCUGGUUUUAAACAUGUUGAUGAUAAAAAUGGAGCUUGGGAGAAGAUCGCAAAAGAAUUAAAUGUCGAUUCUACUUUUUGCAGAAAGAAAUUUAGAACGCUCAGAGAAAGGUACACAAGAGAACUUCGAAAGAGUUACCUGGAGCCAAGUACACCAAUUAAAUAUGAAUAUUUCAAAGAGUUGUCUUUUCUUUCGCCUCAUAUUAAGUUCCGAUCAAUAAAAUUCGAGAAUACUGAAGGAAAAACAAUUGUCGUUACAAAAAGAGAGGAAGUUGAUAAGGAAACGACUGAUGAAGAUAUGAAAUUGAUAGAUCAAGAAGAAUAUUUCACGGAAGAUCAAGAACCAGUGUAUCAAGAAGGUGGAAAUGGACAAAAUAUUAUUUAUGAAACAACAACUGUACAACACGUCCCAGAAUUUUCCGGAAACGCUCAUCAGAUACAUGAAGUUGUUCAUCAAUCUGAUGAGGAACAACACCUCAGUCCUUCAAAGAAUAAAGAUCGCAAAAGAAAACUCAGUUGGGAUGAAGUUGACCAAAAUGAUGAUAACAAAUACUUCGCAAUGAGUGUAGCCUGUUCGCUGAAACGUCUCUCAACAUUAAACAACUUAAAAGCUAAAGUUGAGAUUUAUCAAGUGCUUGAAAAGUUUGCAACGAAAGAGCAAUGCGUGAAAUAAACUUUAACGACAUUUUUAAAAUAUUCAUCCUCAGUUCGGAUCAAGUUUUGAUCUGAUUUUAAGUUUUCGAGUUAAUGACCAAGAAUUUUUCCAUUUUAUUUUAAUAAAGUAAAAUCAAAACCCUGAAUAUAA